CGCUAGUAUUCGCCUGUACUUUGUUCCUAUCGGAUUGACAAGCUAAUACUGUGCUUUCUUGUCUUGUUUAAAUUACAGAAAAACGCUUUUUCAUAUACCUAACUAGCAAAAAUGAGAGACGAGGUGAAGAUGGACGCGAAUCGGCUAAUCGCCGAAGUUUACAAGCGGCCAGCGCUUUGGAACCAAAGGCAUAUCUCUUAUCACAAUCGCGAGGUGACGAACCGCGUUUGGAUGGAGAUUGCAUCGAUAUUCAAAUUGCCUAAACCAGUAUUAAAAGCAAAGUGGAAAGGAUUACGAGAUACUUUCCGGGCGGAGUUAAAAAAGGACCAAGUUUAUCGCAAAAGUAAAUUUCAUCGAAAUAGGCCAGUAUGGAUACAUUUUAAAACCCUGCAAUUUUUGAAAGAGCAAAUGUUACCCCGUCCUCCAAUUUGGGAACGAAAUAAUUCUUGUCAAGAUGAUGGUCGAGUGCCUAGCGAAAGUGAGAGUGAUGGAGCGCUGAUACAGAAUGGUUCGUCGGUAACAAAUAGAAAUAUGGACGAUCGAAAUACAAUUGCGAAUCAUCUACUGUCGAUAAAUAACGAUAACGGAUUAAAAAUCGACGCUGCCAAUCAUAUAGACGUGAAGCAAGAACCCGAGGAGAAUUUUGAUAAUCUUGAAUUUCAGAGCGUCUCUGACAAUUUAACGGAAAACGAAAUGAUGCUACAAAAUAUUUCUCCUGAACAGGUGCUCAUGGGUGACAAUGACAAUAUCCCGAUAGAUCCUUUAGAAGGCAACCGUUUCGAUGACAAUUAUUAUUUUCUUAUGAGCCUUUUGCCUCAUAUAAGAACACUGUCCGCUGACAAAAGAAUGUUACUCAGAAUGCAAAUGCAAGAGCUGAUUUAUAAGGAAGUUUAUAAGAAAAAUUCGGAUGGCGUUACAGCAUCGUAAAGACAGAGAUAUUAAAAACGAGUACAUAUUUUGUAACAGAGAUAUAAAUACUUACAUACAUGUUUCGUUGGACCCGACUAAUUUAUCAGAAUCAUUUUACACUGUGAAAUGAAAAGCAAAUUAACUUUUAUUUAGAAAAAUUAAUUAAAUAAUUAAUAGAUUGAAAAUAUGAUACAAAGGGUAAAAUUAUAUAGGCUUAAGUUAAACUUGAAAUAAGUCAAUACUCCGUAGGUUGAGAAACACUGGUGCUUUCUCGUACCUGCGGGUACGACCGUGAUGUUUAGUGUGAUGUAUAUAGGUGUAGUAAACGUAUUCGUGUAUUCACGAACAUUCCUGUUUCGUUGCGCAUGCGUACCUGCCACGGCUCCUCUUGGCUGAUCGUUUCGUUCGUUUUCGCGUUACUGUUACGAUUCGGUUGUGCUUUCGUUUAGUUUGCUCGCGAUUGCCAUAAGACGGUAGUGUUCAUGCAUCUGUUGCCUCGAACUCGAUACUGUGGAUUCAACUGCGUGUUUUCGUGGACGUACCUGUCUGCACGAGAGAUAGUUGCUGUGACGUUUUUUUUGUGUGCGUCUAUUACCUGAUCAUGGCUUAGUGUAUACAGGUGUUUACUUCAGGUGACAGCUAGAAAGGUGCAUCUGCCUCGGAUUUUUCAUUCUUCUUUAAGUUUUAUACGUUCCGCAUUCAAGCGUACAUAAUUAACUCAUUCACUCCAUUGCGACCGAUUAUUCCAAGUUGAAAAACUUCGUCUCGUAUACAUCAGUCAACAUAAUUUCUCUGCAUUUUUUUGGAAUUACCUAUCGGUUCGGUUCAAGGUGAGUCAACGAACGAGCAACAAUGCAAGGAACAUCUUGCUGUUUCUUUCUAAAAUUCUCACCCUCUGAGUACUACAAAAAAUAUAUUAUGUGAAAUGAAUACUAACGGGAACGAAACAUCAAUUAUUUCAAUGAAUUAUGCCAAAUCAAAUGUAGUAUUUUCAUUUCAUUUUUAAAUACCAAAAUUUGUAUAUUAUUCCUUUGUAGGUUAUCACUAAAUAAGUUUUGUGCAAUGGUUGAUCAAUAAAUAACGCUACUUAGGUACAUUGAAGAUAACAUUUAAUGGACAAGAAAACGUGAUAUUUAUAUUUUUCUUUUUCAUUAAGUAACAAAUGAUAUUUUGAAUAAUAUUUCGUAUGCAAUAACGAACAAUUGAUAGAAGCGAUUUUCGUAAUCGCGGAACGUUGAAUAUCCACGUUAAUCAUUAUGAAGCAUAUAUUUCAGUAAGUUAAGAGAGUUUGUAAAAAAAGAGAACCAUAUUACUUUCAUCAAAGCCUGAAUAAUGACAAAGUUAACGAUACUCCCAUGUCAUUAUAAUUAAGGUUAGAGGUAUUAUACGCUGUUGAGCGUUAAAUAUAUUCUUCGUCUACACUUUCGAGCUUGCUCUAAAUAGCGUACUGGAAUCUCCUGGCGAUUCGAAACGCAUCUACGCAUUCCGUUCCGAGUGACAAGUACCUGGAAACCGAGACGCCAGUUAUCUCGUGGAUAAUUUUCGUAACUAGUCGUAAUAAUGCUAAUAAAGAUGUUUGUAUUCAAAACAG